UAAGAUUGAAAAUACUUUUAUGUGGAGAGACAGAAUCAUGUGAAUCUUACUUUUUGACUAGAACAUAAAAUAUACUUUUUAAAAAGAAAAAAUUCACAUAUUCAUGCAUUAGAAAGGAAUGGUCGAGAUUGCCGCUCAUGGCCAUUCGAAAAAUUUUCAAGGAAUAAUCCUAGAUGCGUGCCACGCGUCCAUGCAGACCAUAAUAAGAACUGAACAAAUCACACCAGAUAAUCAACCUAAAAAGCAAGCAUGGGCUGACUGUGACUGCAAAAGAAGAACAGCUUUUAGAGAUGAAUUGUACUCUUGCCCUUGUGAAUACCCCAAUACCCCACAAACACCAAUCAAUCACCGCAACCAACAAAGUAGAAAUUCCAGUCAUAUAAUCCACCCACCCGAUAACCCGAAUUUCCGCCCCAAUAUAAAUGUGAAUUUAUGCCACUUCUUAUGUGAAAGCUCCCCUCAUUAGGAACCUUCCUGGAAGUUGCCAUGGCUACCCCCUCUCCUCCCCCUUUUAACCGCCCUCCUUCCUCCCACUUUCCUCCCACCCACCAUCUGUCUCUCUCUCUUCUUCCUCUUCCUCUUCCUCUUCCUCUUCUGUCGCUCUCUGUCUUCACUGGGUCUGGGUUUCUUCUUUCUUCCUUAACGGUGUCUGGGUCUGUAUUUUAUUUCCCGUUUCGGUCAUGAGGAUCUUUCAGAUCAGCCCGAAACGCCUGUUCAAGUCCAGGAAGUGCCGAUCCGUUUCGCGGUCCGACCCGCCAUCGUUCGGCUCCGGGUCGUCGUCGUCGUCGUUGUCCGGUUCGUCGGACGUUUCGUCCUCGCUGGUGCUUAAGCCAGCAGCCAGCGCCGGGACCCCGAAGAGCGUCCUUCCCUUUGGGGCCUCCGGCGAGUGGCGCGACAUGUCGCCUGGCAUAUCGGCCGAGUUUCAGUACGAGCUGAUGCAGGCGUUCAAGCUCAUCGACAAGGACGGGGACGGCGUCGUCACGAGCGAUGAGCUCUCGGCACUGCUCCGGGGCGUGGCGGCGGAGGACCCGCCGAGCGAGGCGGAGCUGAGGACGAUGCUGAGCGAGGUGGACCGCAACGGCGACGGGUGCAUAAGCCUGGAUGAGUUGGGCGCAAUCGGGUCGGUUUUUGGGCCGGCUCGCGGGUCGGAGCUGAGAGACGCGUUCGACAUAUUCGACAGGGAUCACGACGGGCGGAUCACGGCGGAGGAACUUCUGCUGGUGUUCCAGGCAAUCGGCGACGAGGGGUGCACGAUGGAUGAUUGCCAACGCAUGAUAGCGGGGGUGAACAAGAACGGGGAUGGGUUCGUGCGCUUCGAGGACUUCUCGCGGAUGAUGGAGCAGCAGCAGAGAUGAGUUGAUCAUCACCCUGAUUGUGCUGCUCCUGACGGGCGGAUGCGAGUCUUGAGUCAAAUGUCAAUCCUCUUGAUAUUUCUUCCAAAUUGGGUGCCUUGUUUUUUGCUUCUUGUUUUUGUUUUCCCCCCUUGACUAAAAAAAUAUCAUGUGUGAGAUCUUAAGAAAAGAGAGGAUCGAAGAUGGAAGGGUGAUUUGAGAUUUGAGUGGUGGAUCUUGAGUUGCAAAAAUGAUGUCAUCUUGGUCCGUUUGCAGGUGGGAAAUGAUGUCGAUCCAUGAGUGGAUAAAUGGGCUGUAUAAUUAAUUAUCUUCGGAAAUAUGAAUAUAUUCAAUGGCGUUCUUUACUUUUA